AAAAAAAAGAAGAAGAAGAAUGUUCAAUAUAAAACGUCUUUUUGAUUUUUUAUAAAAAUUACUAGUAUACGUAUCGUUUAAUAGUAAAUGAACUUAAAGUCAUUUUAGAAGCAGGUGCGAAGAAAUUUUUUUAUACAAAUUUUAAAGAAAUUAUGUGACAAGCUGAUAAUACUAAACAUAUAAAAUGUUGAUAACUUUCGAAAGAGUACAAAAUAAACAAAUCAAAAGAUUUUUGGGGCAUAUUGCGUACCUAACAAUAAUUUUAAUAUUAGUACCAGCAUUUCUUUACUUUGAGCUUUGUAUUGUCCUGCCUGCAGUCAUUGAAAAAGGUACAAUCCAAUAUAUUUUACAUUAUAUAAAUGCCUCAUUUCUCCUACUAAAUAUUAUUGGGAACAUGAUAUAUGGCAUGUUCACUAAUACUACAAUAAAAGGUAAUUUCUUAGAAAAUGCACGGAAAGAAGACUGGACAAUGUGCGCUGUGUGUGAAUGUCUCAGACCGCCCCGUGCUUGGCACUGCAACAUCUGUGAUAUUUGUAUUUUAAAAAGAGACCAUCACUGUACAUUUUUUGCUUGUUGUGUAGGCUACUACAAUCAUAGAUAUUUUAUGUACUUUACACUGUAUAUAUUUAUAGCUAUGAUAUAUUCAUUCUAUUACAAUGUUAUAUUUUUAUCACACUUUGUCACAUGGAACCAUGGGCUAGUUAUAGUUAAGUUCAUUUUCCCCCUUGCAAGUUUUGUUGUUGAUUAUGGUGAUGAAAGCUUGUAUGUGUUUCUGGUUGUGAUCAAUUUAAUUGUAGGAUUAUUUACCGGAUUUCUCUUUUUAUACCAUUUUAAUAACAUUUUAAAAGGUAAAAUAACUCCAGAAACAAAAUUUGACAACAUCUCUUAUGACAGAGGAUGGCUUCAAAAUUUGAUUGAGGUAUUUGGACAAAGAUGGUAUUUAACUUGGAUAUCACCAUUUAUUUGUAGCCCUUUACCAGGUGACGGUAUUGUGUGGUUUAUUGAAGAUAAACAGAAGUAACUUUAAAGCAUUGUUUUGUCAAGUUAAAUUAGCUUGAUUUUGUUUUUCAUAUAAGUUUAGUUCAGAUGUAUGCUAUUUUUUCAGAUGGAUUUAUUGUAGAGUAUUACUUUAUUUUUUUCUAGUCACUUUCUAUGCAAUUGUUCAUGAGUAAAUGUUAAAAAUAAGCAUAAAAAUUAUAAUUUCAAAGAAGAGCAAAUGAAAAAGCUCUCUUUUUAUAGUUGCUAAAACUUAUUGAUGACAUUUAUUAUAUUUUUAUACAUACUUUAAUUAAUUAUACUGCUAACUCAGACCAAAUCUAUUUGCCUCAUCUGCAAUGCCUUAAAACUUAAUAAUAACAAGACAAGUGAUAUUUUGAAUAGAAUCAGUUAUAAAUGUUUAGUUUGUAAUUAUGUUUUUAAAUGAUGUACAAGUACAUUGCACAUAAAAUAGAAUGUGUAAUAUCUAUUUAAUAAAACAUUUUUUUUUUAAAUUUAAUGUGAUUUUAAUGAAAUGUAUUUAAUCUAUUAUCACUUUUAGAGAAGCUAAGAUGUAGCCAGCAACCAUUUAUUAAAAUCCCAUUUAUUUAAAUCACCCCAUUUAUUUAACUCAACCCAAUACAAGUUACAACAAACUCACCUCCCAACCAAAAACUGCAUUUUAAUGUUCAGCACAGACAAAAUAUAUUUUUUUUAUUAUUCAUAUAAUUUUUGAUUCUACUACAGACAUUUCAUCAGAUAACAAAAUUGAUGAUGAAUUUAUCGUGACUUUACAUAGCCUAUUUGUUAACCUUCUGCAAAAGAGUAGACUAAUGCCCGUUUUCACUAACGAGGAACAAGGCAAUGCCUAACCUACGGAGAUGCCUAAGCAUACAAACCGUCCAUGAAUACACAUCGCCUAAAUCAUUAUAAAGGUACGAUGUUGACUCUUAAGUUAACGAUCACUAUGCGACUUGAGACAACUAUUGAAGAUCGCUAAAAUGGAGGUGGGUGGGUGUCAUACAGUUCAGCUUAUCUUAUUCCGAGGUUUAUCGCUAUUUGACUUGACUAAUCCGCUAUUUUGGAUUUGGCUUGACUUCAUAAUAUAGGCUUCGAGCACUUGUAUAAAGGUUCUUUAUUUUUUAAUAAGUACUCGAAGCCUUGAACAAAUCUUAGAUAUAGUUCUAUUAAUUAUUGAUACCUAGGUUCUAUUAAUUCAACUCAAAACUUUGUUUAGGCGCGCUAAGAACUUUUUUAACGAAGUUUUAUAAAAACUCCAUAUUAAGAGAUUCCACACUAAAUAAGGUUGUAUAAGUGCAUAUAGAUAUUACUGUGAAAUGUUAAACACAUUGCAAUAAAUCAC